AUGGCUGGCAAUGCUCAGAGAGAACAGCAGAGCAUUAGCAGCACAGCCCAAUACGGCUUACACAAGCAGAGAAAGGAGAUAAAUCCACAGCUAUCAAAGUUUUGUCUCUCAACUGGACCUUCCUGGUCUCACUUUUUGGCCUCCCUGGACCCCUCCAGUGUAAAGACUUCAGCCUCCUUGGAACUCCUAAAAAAAAUCCCCUUUUCAGAUUCUUUGGAUCUCUCCAGUCUGAGCUCUUCAUCCUCUGUGGAAUUUUCCAGUCUCACUUCUUCAUCUUCUCUGGACCUUUCCAGUCUCACAUCUUCAACCUCUUCAGACUUCUCCAGUACAUCCUCUUCAGUCUCCUUAGAGCUCUCCAGUAUCACCUCCUCAGAUUCCUGGGAGCACUCCAGUUUCACCUCCUCCAUUUCACUGGACUUAUCAAGUCUCACCUCCUCAGGCUCCCUGAAUCUCUCUGGCGACAGUUCCUCGCUCUCCUUAGAUCUCUCAAGUCUCACCUCAAUACCUUCUCCAGACUUCUCCAGUCCAACUUCUUCAUCCUCUUUAGACCUCUCCAGCCUCACUUCUUCACCCUCCCUAGAUGCCUCCAGUCAUUCAGCUUCCUUAGAUGAUUCCUGUGAAAUCCCUUCAACCCCAACAUGCAUCUCAGAGCAAACCUCAACCUCUUCAGGAUCACUGGAUCUCACUGAUUUUAACUACUUCAUGUUUCAGGGCUCCUCUGAGUUACCCUCAUCGACUGCUGAGGAUGUUUCUAACCUCAUCUCUGCACCCUUCACAGAUGUCUCCAGCGUCUCCUUUCAGGGUUCUUCUUCCCUCACUUCCUCAAUUCCUUUGGACAUUUCUAACCUCACAACUUCAGUUCCCACUGAUGUAUCCACUCUCACGUUUCUAGAUGUUGCUAAUCGCACCUCUUCAGCUUCUCUUCAUCUCUGUAUUUAACUCUUUUAAUAUAUCCUUUCUUCUCUCUGCAAACUCACUGUACCCUUAUAAGCCUCCCUCCUUUGCGUGCUCCUUUUUAACUUAUGUUUCCUACGCCUCUAAAAGAUUUUAUCUGAAGGGAGAUUCAGGCUUUACAAAUACAUUCUAGCAUUUAAACAAAACUUGAACAGGGCUUGAAAACAGUUUGUACAACUCUACAAUGGUGCCUUGUUUACAGGUUUAUAAAUAUCAUUAUAUACUCUGCAAUUUUUGUAGAGUUCAAUUUCAGUCAUAAAUGUAUUUCCAUUCUGUCUCAGCAUGGUACCUCUCCCACAGAUUUAACUUUUAAUUCAUGCUGACAAUUUGUCUUUCAAAACCUACAAAUAGUAAAUAGAGCUAAAUCUGUAAAUAAUUGCACCCACAUCAUGCAUCUCCAAAACAGACUGAAAGAUACAGAAAGGGAAGAUGUGGUGGGGGGAAAAAACAGCUGAUUAAAAAGAGGAACAGGUGAGAGACAGCCAGGUGGGGAGAGAGAACAUAGGGACACACAGCAGGAACUCAGGUGUCCAUUUCAGCUACAAGAACUUCUGUUCUGCUGAGCCAUGUUUAUGACCUGGGCAGUUCACAAGGCUUAAACUGUUGGUCCAGACAGAAGGAAACCCUGCUUUCAGAAUGUCAGUGUAACUGCAGUGUGAUCUCAGCAGAGACAUCAACUGGCAAAUAAGGACAGGAAGCUCUGCCUUCCUACUCUCCCUUCCUGGUUGCUGUGCCUAUUAAUUACACUAAUAAGGUAAUCAUCUUCUUGUACUGGCUUAUGAUAUUCUGGAGACAGAUGACAAUGUACCUGGUAAAAAAUUGUUUUGUUUUUUCCCUGUAAAUCUAUCCUGUUAUCACUACUAUGUGGAUUGUUAAUUACAGCAGCUCUGAGCUACGAUCUCUAAUAAAGAACAUUAUUCUAUACUUUAAAGCUUUGCUAUCAUCAGUUAAAUCAUCACUGCACAGUGACGUGACAGCACUCCGUGGUCCCAAAGGAGGUGAGCAAAGAGGAACCAAGUCAGCCCAGGACCUGCAUGGCUCCUCAGGGCGUCCCACAGGCUGGUUUGGUUUUGGAAAGAAGACACAGGGAAGAGGUAUGAAUACUUAAAUACAAGGAUUUAAUAAAACAAACAAUCCAAGAUCUCCUUAGCCCUAAUUACUUCAACAUUUGCAUAUUAUAUAUGGGAAUUGUCUGUUUUCCCAUCAUUUACUGAAAAGUGGAUCAUAGCCUCGAGUUUGCUGUAUUUUCUGUGGUUAAUCUGUUUGGAGAAAGCGUUUCAUAGCACUUCAGGUGCGUGAAAUAAAUGCACCUUACAGCCAAAGGAAUCCCACACCGAGGGCACCGUUCAGGACAGGCACAGCUUAAACUCCAAACAAAGGCAGCCUGCACUGCAGCAAUCAGUGGCUGCACAGGUUUACAGAUCACUUUCAUCCUCACACUCUUAAAUUGAAAAUGCUGGGAAGUGAUAGCAAAAAGAAGGAAAGACAACUGAUAGAGCUUGGGGAAAAGAAAACCCAAAACGCCUUUAAC